CCUGUUUCUCCUUCCUUCCUCUAUGCUAACCCUAGCACAAGUGGCGCCGCGAUUUUUCUGCUUCCUCCCUCUCCUUGUGCCGCGCCUCUCCUCCCUCUACGAAUCCCCUCCUCUCUCGCCGAAGCUCGUCGCGAAGCAGAGCCGCCCUCCUCUCCUCGUCGCGAAGCAGAGCCGCCUCCCUCUCUCGCCGAAGCUCGUCGCGAAACAGAGCGUCCUCCUCUCCUCGUCGCGAAGCAGAGCCGCCUCCCUCUCUCGCCGAAGCUCGUCGCGAAACAGAGCGUCCUCCUCUCCUCGUCGCGAAGGAGAGCCGCCUCCCUCUCUCGCCGAAGCUCGUCGCGAAACGGAGUCGCCCUCCUCUCCUCGUCGCGAAGCAGAGGCGCCUCCCUCUCUCGCCGAAGCUCGUCGCGAAGCAGAGCCGCCCUCCUCUCCUCGUCGCGUUCCUCUCUCGCCGCGAGACCCCUCGUCGCGUUCUCUCACAGCUGAUCUUCCUCGACACUAGGGCAUUUCUCUCCGCCGAACUAGGCCAUAUGAUCUUCGGUAUCUUGAAAUUCUACAUCUUUUUGGUGAUUCUAGCUCGUGCGCUUUUUCAAUACACAAUCUUCUUGAAGCUGGGAAGGCUUAUGGUUUGGUUGCUGGGUCCUGGUUGGGUCCUUAUGCUAUGUGUCGAACAUGGGAAACGAUUAUCAACACUAGCAAAGAACAAUAUGAUCAUGAAAAACGCAAACAAAGGUUUCCCAUGGUUCUAUAUAUUGUUUCAGGUGAUAAAGAUGGGGAACAAGGUGGAGCUCCAGUUGUUUGCAUUGAGGUUGCUGCUAGACUUUGUCACGAUUUUAACAAAGGGCAACAAGAUUGGGCACCUAUACUACUUCUGGUGCCUUUGGUUCUUGGUUUAGAAAAAAUCAACCCCAGGUAUAUUCCUUUGCUGUGGGAAACGUUUGCAUUUCCACAAUGCCUCGGCAUCUUAGGUGGUAAACCUGGUGCCUCAACCUAUACUGUUGGUGUGCAAGAUGAGAAGGCACUCUACUUGGACCCUCAUGAAGUUCAGUCGGCUGUUGAUAUCAAGAUGGAUGACCAGGAAGCUGAUCGCUCUUCAUACCACUGCAAGUAUUUUGUUUCAUCCACUUGCAUUUUUGAACAUGUACCUUUUCCCUCUCAAGUAGCUCACUUGAGGCAUAAAUGAUCGAUCCAUCAUUGGCCAUUGGGUUCUACUGCAAAGACAAGGAUGAUUUCGAAGAUUCUGUUCGCAUUCCACCCAGCUUGCAGACAAGUCAAGUGGAGCACCAUUGUAUUGUAUUCCACCCAGCUUCUAAAGAGCUAGGUUUCACAGAUCCAUCUAAUUUAUUCUCAAGUGUUUUAAUUGUAUUCCCCUCUAUUUUUACCUUUUCAUUUAUUCUCUGUAAAUUUAUAACUGAUAUCCUUGUACAUAGAACAGAAUGAUGAUCCAUUGCUGAACCUAAACCAAGCAAUAAUGUUGUUGA